UCCUUCUAGGCUUUCACUACCGAGCUCAAGAGCCGCAGCUUCUUCUAGCUCAAGAGCGGUAGCUUCUUCUUACGUGGGACUAUCAAAAGUGUCUCAUUUUCUAUGGCUUCGCCCCCGCAGCAGCACGUGCAGCGGAUGGACCGUGGGAGCUUCGUCUCUUCAGAGAGCUUCGAAAGUCUGACCUGCGGCGCCCCCGCUGUGGUUAUCGAGCGACUCCGCCAAGCCACCGGUGCUGACGCCGGCCCAGACGCGCUAAAAGAGCUCGGUGAGAGCAUCAAGAAGGCGGCCGUGGAAAAGUUGGGAGGGGGCGGGGACAAGGAGGGGGUGGAGGUGGCAUUUGGGGGGGCGAUGGGCCGGUCAUUCUACGCCACGGCUGACGGAUCGACAACAACCGCGGACGUUGUCCUGUUCUACACACUGGACCCAUUGGACAUCGACACAAAACAGAGCACAUGCGUUCGGAAGGCCAGAACAGGGUGCGAACUCUCGGCUGACGAGAUUAUGCAGGCACUCUACAAGCUUCAGCCUUGCGGCGGCGGUGACAGCAGCAGCAGCGGCAGCGGCGGUUCCACCACGUCGACUUCUUAGGGAUGGCAAAGGCCAGACACAAACGGUCAGGGACAUGAGCGUCACCGCCUUCCCAGAGCUACAGUAUAUGCAUAGCUGUCACUGCCCCAACCGCGCCGUUCGCGGUGUCUAUUUUCUCUAUCUCGCGCUGUGUUGGCGUGGGGGNGGGGGGGGGGAAGCCGCAGGAUAAGGGUUGUGCCGCAUUUAAAAUCGGGUCGGCGAUGUCUACAAUAAUAGUACUUUAUGAAUUUUUCUCCUAAUAGUUUUCGGCCGCCUGAAGUGAACGGCAAUGGUCGUUCGUUGUACACAGCAGAAGUAGCUCUGCAUCAUGAAGUCCCUGACAGAUUUCUUUUAGAGGUUGCACUUCAAUCAAUGUGUGGGGAUGUGUGCAUGGUUGCUGCUCGGUGUUUGCCGUCGAUCGAAGAAGAAGAGCCAGUCAAUUGCCUUGUGUUAAAUAGCCGCAAUGCUGUUUGUCGCAACAGAAACCGAACCUCCCUCCAAAGAAAGGUCGUCAAUGAGGGUCUCCAGAUUUGGUUUCGUUGCAUUUGUUUGUCGUCGCGGUUUCGACACACCUCCCUUGCUUUUGAUGUACGUUUUGAUCUUGUGUCCGUCGACGAUAGUAUUCACGCAGUAAAUAAAUGUAGAUGGUGUUCUCCCAAGUCUCAGCCGUUUGCCACCAGCUCUCUGGUU